AUGAAGUUCACCAGCCACCUCCUUGCAGCAUCUUCAGUCUACUUUGGAUUCCCUGUUCUAGCCCAGAGCAACAACAGUAGCUCAGACACCAAAUGCCCGCGAAUUAUUGAAGAUCUCAAUGACAAUAAUGCCGAAUUCAAUGCUACUGGUACAACAACCUUCUCCCUUCUAGAGCAAGACGAUUGGCAGUUGUCGAUGACAUUCCAAUUUCACCAAGCCAGAAACACCAGCACCGUCAAGGAUGUCUCCUCCCAGGGCGACCGAACCCUGUUUCUUAGUGUGCCAGAAUCAUUUCCCGAAACACCAAGCGGCAAGGAAAUGGAGCUUUGCUACUACGAGAUGGAUGCCCUGAACGCGACUUCAGAUUCAGGAGAAAGCGACGACAAUGACGCGAGCUGCAAUGGAAUAUUGAGUGACGAAUGCCAGAAAGCGUUACGAGGCGCGCCAAGGCCACGUGGCGGUAAAUGCCCUCAUGUCGAUAUCGAGGAAGCGUGCGGCCGAGUGAUGAGGCGAUGGACAAGCAAGCCAUUCAAUCUCUCGCAGCAAGACUGCACAUUGAGUAGCCUACCCGGAGUAGAUGUCCCGAGCAACUAUCAGACCCAUUAUAUAUGGUUUUUGGGGGAAUUUCUUCCUGUUGCAGAGGAGGAUUUCCUCGACUCGUACGACUUGCUUGUCCGACAACCAGUUCCUAUACUUAUCACAGCGCUGCUUCCAGGAGAAAGUGAAAGCGGCGCCGCAGAGAUCGCCUGCCUAGCUACGGAGGACAUCUCCAAAGGUAGUCGGGUUCCACAGAGCGAGUUUCCACCAAGCAGCGCGACUCACCAGGAUACUCAGAGAACUAUAAUUUACCUCCUAGCGAUAUAA